AUGAAGGUGAAAGUUAAGAGGUCUUACGUAGUAAAACCAUCAGAGCCAACAUGGAGUGGGCUUCUCUCCUUAUCCGAGCUCGAUCAGAUCGGAACUAUGAUGUACGUUAAAAUCCUCUAUUUUUACACUACUCCUUCCACAUUAUCCCCAGACGCCAUUAUCCACUCCUUGCGGCUCUCUCUCAGCCAAGUCCUGGUGCAUUUUUACCCCUUUGCCGGUCGCCUGAGCUGGACUACUGCCGCCUCCGGCGGCGGCACAGCCCUCGCGCUCAACUGCAACGGCAAUGGCGCCGUCCUCGUAGAGGCGGAAUCCGACGCCGUGUUGGCCGAUCUCGGGGACUUCUCGCCCGGCCCCGAGUUUAACCACUUGGUUCCUAGCGUAGACUACAGCGGUGUUGAUCCUAUUCCAGAUAUUCCCUUGUUCGCGGGGCAGCUCACUAAGUUCAGAUGUGGAGGGAUCAGCCUUGGGUUUGCGAUAUCUCACGUUGUGGCUGACGGACAAGGCAUCUCCCAUUUUCUCUUCGAGUGGGCUAAUCUUGCCUCCGGGAAACCAUUGAGCUCCGCCCCUUUUCAUGACCGGAGACUUCUCCGGGCAGGAGAAUCAUCAUCAUCAUCAUCUCCCCAGGGAGGUCGUCGGAUUUUCCAUCAUUCUCCUCCGCUUAUCAUUGGCCAGUCCAGCAACGAAAGCGAGAGGAUGAAGGAAACCAAAGUAUCCACACUGAGAUUAAGUAAACCACAGAUUCAUGCACUCAAAGCUGCCGACAACAAUGGUCGGAGUUGUAACGCCAAACUGCGAGGCUAUACCAGGUACGAGGUGAUAACUGCCCACAUAUGGAGGUGCGCAUGCAAAGCGCGAAGCCAUAAACCCCAGCAGCCGACGAAUUUAAGCUUCUGUGUGGACAUCCGCAGGCGAAUGGAGCCUCCAUUGCCGGAUUCCUAUUUCGGGAAUGCGAUCAUUGAUGUGGUGAUCCAUGGCGUCUCGGGGGAGAUUAUCUCCAGGCCACUACAAGACGUGGCUUCUAAAAUACGUGAUGCAAUCGAUGGUGUAACCUCGGAGUACGUGAAUUGUGCAAUAGAUUUUUAUAGAAAUGAAGGGGAUGUGAUUAAGAGGCAAGAAUUAGGAACCUUCUUUGUUGGGAAUCCAAAUCUGAGCGUUAUAAACUGGGUGGGUCUUCCGAAUCACGGACUGGAUUUGGGGUGGGGGAAAGAGAUUCAUAUGAGCCCUGGUCAUGACUGUGAUGGGGACGUUUUGAUCCUUCCAGAUGGAAUUGGUGGGGAUGGGGAAGGCUCAUUACUGGUUGCGGCAUGUUUUCAAGUCGAUCACAUUCAAGAUUUCAAUAAAUAUUUCUAUGAAGAUAUCAACAAUUUGUAGAGCAGGCUGUAGAAUCGUUAUAACGUACACCAGGGCGCACAAUCAAAACGAUGUCGUUUUUUAUGUUAAGAUUCUAUGUGUAUUAUAUUAAGAGUUUAUGUGUAUUCUGUUAAAAGUUUAUUUGUAUUAUGUUAAGAGUUUAUGUGUAUUAUGUAUUAUGUUAGAUUAUGUGUAUUAUGUUAUGAGUUUAUA